UAGAAUUUCUCAUUUUCGAAAUGAGUUAUGCAAUUGAUUUCGUUCCCAGCCGUUCAAACGAAGAUCAAUGUAUGAUAACGCGAACCAUUGCAUUUCAAGAGAAAAAUUUUAUCCAGCUCAAUUUCAUGCAUCCUGAAAUAAAAGGAAACGAUUCUAUAUAUUUCUAAAAAGAAAUUAAAUAGAUUCGUGGAGCUAUUUAUAUCAAGGAAAAUCGGUUAUUGCUUGAUGUGGUCAGGCAUUACUUGGAAAAUAUAGAUGAUUUUGAAAUAGCGCAGAGAAUAAUUUCAUCGUGCAGCCUUAAUUUAGCAGGUUUAAUCAAGUGGUUUGGAAAAAUUUAGGUUGUUUAUUGAUCAAAGAGUACAUGUCAGCCUCCUUAUUGUUGGAAGAGUCUAUUACUUGAGUUUUGAGAAGGUUGUAUGAUAUGCAAUGGGGUGGAAGGUGGUUUUACUGUCGUUGCUACAAAUUGCCACUUUGGUUGAUGCUAUGAGCAGGUCAGAGAGAUUUUGGUCUGUGGAUAUGUAUGUAGGAACUUCAGCCCUCCACAGUUGGAUAGUUAGCAGUGCAGCCAUAUUUGUAUUGGUGGCUCUCAUUCUAUCGAUGUACUUAAUCUUCGAUCAUUUAAUUGCCUACAACCAGCCAGAGGAGCAAAAGUUCUUGGUUGGACUCAUUCUAAUGGUCCCCGUAUAUGCUGUGGAAUCGUUUCUAUCACUGUUAGACUCUGAGCUUGCCUUCACUUGUGAAAUUCUACGAGAUUGUUAUGAAGCUUUUGCUUUGUAUUGCUUUGAGAGAUAUCUCAUAGCAUGCUUAGGUGGAGAGGAAAGUUCCAUUAAAUUUAUGGAAGGCCAAAGCUUGGUUACCUCUUACUUACCUCUUGUAGAUGAUAUUUAUGCUUACGGAAUUGUUCGACAUCCUUUUCCAUUAAAUUGCUUCUUAAGGGAUUGGAAGCUUGGUUCUGAAUUCUAUCAAGCUGUAAAAAUUGGCAUUGUGCAGUAUAUGAUAUUGAAGAUGAUAUGUGCAUUACUUGCGAUGAUUUUUGAAUCUCUGGGUGUUUAUGGCGAAGGAAAGUUCGAGUGGGGAUAUGCUUAUCCGUAUUUAGCGGUAGUACUAAAUUUCUGCCAAACCUGGGCCUUAUAUUGCCUUGUGCAGUUUUAUUCUGUUACGAAGAAUAAAUUGGCACCGAUUAAACCUUUGGCCAAGUUUUUGACAUUUAAGUCAAUUAUCUUCCUGACGUGGUGGCAAGGUGUUGCUGUUGCCUUUCUUUUCUCAUUAGGAGCUUUUGAGGGGUCAUUGGCACAGGUUCUAGAAACCCGUAUACAAGACUACUUCAUCUGUUUAGAGAUGGGUGUGGCUGCUGUAAUACAUAUCCACGUCUUCCCUGCUGAGCCUUACAAACAUGGAGAGAGAUGCGAGCGAAAUGUUGCUGUCAUGGCAGAUUAUGCAUCCUUAGAAGCUCCACCAGAUCCCGAAGAGGCUCAAGACUGUGAAAGAUCUCCCACGUUACAUGAUUCCAUGAUUAAAGAAGGAGAAGAAACCCACCCAAAAAUCCAUCAGAGCGUCUGUGAUGUGGUCCUUGGGAGCGGUGGGAUUAUAGUCGAAGACGUGAAGUUCACUGUGUCCCAUGUUGUCGAACCAGUUGAAAGGGGACUCUGUAAACUGAACAGAACUUUUCAUCAUAUAUCAGAAAACAUGAAAAAGCAUGAGAAAUGCAAGAAUGAUUGUUGCUUAGUCCCUUUGAACUUGUCCACAAAAGAAAUCUCUAAUGUUUGAAGGUACCUUAAGUUAUAAUUGUUUAUAACUAGUUAUAGAAAAAGAAAAUAGAAAACAGAUAGUAGUACACAAACAUUUCUUGUGUAAAUAGUUUGCUAGUUGCAGAGGAAGUCAUUUUUGAAAUCUUGACGAUUCAAGGAAGGUUUUCCUUUCCUUUCCUUUC